CUCUUUACAACUCUUCCUUUAAAACUCUUUCUUACACUUCAUCUCUAUAAAUAGGUUAGAGAGUGUUAAUUGAACAAAGUCUACGCAUUUUGUUUUCUUUGGGAUUCCAAAUUUUCCGAAAGCUGAGAGUUGCCGGAUUGUGGCCAAAACUCAGAGAUGGGGAGAGGAAAAAUUGAGAUCAAGAGGAUUGAGAACACAACAAACCGCCAAGUGACCUUCUGCAAGAGGAGGAAUGGGUUGUUGAAAAAGGCCUAUGAACUUUCAAUUCUCUGCGAAGCUGAAGUGGCGCUCAUUGUCUUCUCCAGCCGCGGCCGCCUCUACGAGUACUCCAACAGCAACAUAAGGUCAACUAUUGAAAGGUACAAGAAGGCCUCCUCAGACAACUUGAAUUCAGGAUCUGUUAUAGAGAUCAAUGCUCAGUAUUACCAGCAGGAAUCAGCAAAGCUUCGACAGCAAAUUCAGAUGCUACAGAACUCCAACAGGCACUUGAUGGGGGAUUCCUUGAACACUUUAACCGUGAAGGAGCUGAAGCAGCUUGAGAAUAGGCUUGAGCGAGGGCUUACAAGAAUCAGGUCCAAGAAGCAUGAGAUGUUGCUAGCCGAAAUUGAGUACUUCCAGAAAAGGGAGAUUGAGCUUGAAAAUGAGAGCGUGUUUCUUCGUACAAAGAUUGCAGAAGUGGAGAGGUUUCAGCAAGCAAAUAACAUGGUGGGUGGACCGGAGCUGAAUGCAAUUCAUGCAUUAGCUUCUCGGAAUUUCUUCAAUCCAACCAUGAUUGACAAUACUGAAACUGCCUACUCUCACCCAGAUAAGAAAUUGCUCCAUCUCGGGUGAGCUGCUGAAGAUGAUCAGAAAUCUGUAAAUGGUAUCUUAGUAUAAAUUAUUUUAUAACUAAGAUAUCAUUUUUCAAGUAUCUAUGUUGUUGUCGUCCCUAUUGUGUUAUUUGGAACUACUCAAGAUACUAAUUAUUCUGGUAUUUGCAUAAAAUAAUGUUCUGAAGACUAAUGACGAGAUUAUAUAAUUUGAACUUGUAUAAUUUUGUUGUCUUUGUGAUGUUUGAAGGAUUUCUUUGGAAACUUAAAUAUGAAUAAAUGGAUUAAGCUUGAUACAA